UGUAGUUAUGGAUAACGCUUGUUGUUUUAAAACCAAUUAGACGAGUAGGCUAAGGAUAUGACAUCUGAUACAGAAUUAAUCAAUGCAAUAUAGGCAUAUAGCCCAUCUUAAGGACACCUUAGACAGCUGAAAGUUAGGCUACUUUUAAACGUUUAUUGGGGAAGGAUGCCUGUUCGACGUGGACACGUUGCACCUCAAAAUACAUUUCUGGACACCAUCAUCCGAAAAUUCGAUGGCCAAAAUCGCAAAUUCGUCAUUGCCAACGCUCGGGUGGAGAACUGCGCUAUCAUCUUCUGCAAUGACGGCUUCUGUGACAUGUGGGGCUACACCCGUGCCGAGGUGACGCAGAAGCCCUGCACCUGCAGCUUCCUAUAUGGCCCUCACACAGGGCGCCCAGCCGUGGCGCAAAUGGCCAAAGCUCUUUUGGGCUCAGAGGAGAGAAAGGUGGAGAUCGCACUAUACAGGAAAGAUGGUGUCUGCUUUCCCUGCUUCGUGGAUGUGGUCCCGGUCAAGAACGAAGAAGGCCUGGUGAUCAUGUUUAUCUUGAACUUUGAGCUUGCUGACCAGCCUGACCCCCCAGUGAACUCUUCCCCCAGCACAGAGCUCAACCACAAGCUGCCCAUUCCAUGGCUCUCCAUUGGUCGGCGCGGCGGGUUCCGGCUGCGUUUGCCUCUGCUGCACUCCAUGAGUGGCAGUAAGCACUCGCUGCAGGGCGACACCGAGUUUGGCCUGCCUUCCAUGGGUCGUGAAUCGGUAGCCCUGGACAAGCUCAUGUCCCUCCAAGACCACCAGGAGCUGGUGGCCCCACAGCCACCUCUGCUCCAAUGGGAAGAGGCUUCCCAAAGCGCCUCCAGAGCCCCCCAGCAGCGGCAGCAGCAUCAGCGGCAUGAACAGCAGCAUCAACAUCAACAGCGGCAUCAACAUCAACAGCGGCAUCAACAUCAUCAACAGCAGCGGCAGCCCCAGUCGCCAGCC